AUGUUGAAAGCUAUCAAUAGUAUAGUUGUCACCCUCAUUCCUAAGACUAAUCAAGCUAGUAUGGUAAAAGACUAUAGACUUAUUUCCUGCUGCACUACCAUGCAUAAGAUUAUAUCCAGGAUUAUAACAACCAAAUUGAGUAAAGUUUUGGGGAGUAUAAUUAAUGAGAGUCAAGCUGCUUUUGUGCUAGGAAAACACAUUCAAGACCAUAUCCUUCUGGCCAAUGAGUUAAUUGAGGGUUACAACAUCAAUGGUGGUCCUCCUAGAUGUAUGUUUCAAAUGGACCUUCUAAAGGCCUAUGAUACAUUGGGAUGGUGUGCUUUGGAAGAUAUUCUAAAAGAGUUCAGCUUCCCUGACAAGUUCAUAAGGUGGAUUAUGGUCACAAUGAUCACUGUUUCUUAUAGAUUCAAAAUUAAUGGUGAGACAACUAAUAUUCUCAAAGCCAUAAGGGACCUUUUUUAUUUGAAAUUAUGA